AUGGCUAUUCGAGCGGUCUUCUUCUGGGCAUUAGCCCUGCAGGUCGUUGGCGUUUUCUGUGACACACUCACCUUGAAUUGGAAUAUUACUUGGGUUGAGGCUAAUCCGGAUGGAUUAAUGACUCGCCCAGUAAUUGGCAUCAAUGAUCAGUGGCCGCCGCCUGUGGUCAAUGUCACCAAAGGGGAUCGUAUUGUCGCUUAUGUGACCAACCACUUGGGUAAUGAGACGACAAGUAUUCACUGGCAUGGUAUUUAUCAGACCAACACAACCUAUAUGGACGGUGUUCCUGGCGUGACACAAUGUGCGAUCUCACCAAAUUAUACCAUGGUCUACAAUUUCACGGUUGAUCAAACGGGUACAUACUGGUACCAUUCUCAUGUUCGUGGACAAUACCCAGACGGUCUACGCCAGUCACUUGUUGUGAAUGAUCCCGAAAAUCCAUAUAUUGGUGACUAUGAUGACGAGAUCGUUGUGUCGUUAUCCGAUUGGUACCACGAUCAGAUGCCGGAGCUCUUGAAGCAAUUCAUCAACGUGGAAAAUCCUACUGGAGCUGAACCUGUCCCCAAAUCCGCCCUGAUGAAUGACACCCAAAACCUGACGGUCUUGGUUGAACCUGGGAAGACUUAUCUUUUCCGAUUGGUCAAUGUGGGAGCAUUUGCAAGCCAAUACUUCUGGAUUGAGGAUCAUGACAUGGAAAUUGUUGAGAUUGAUGGCAUUUGGACUGAGCGCGCCGAGACAGAUAUGAUUUACAUCACGUCCGCCCAACGAUAUAGCUUCCUGGUUACCAUGAAGAACGAGUCAGACACUAACUAUGCAAUGGUGGCCAGCAUGGACACGGACUUGUUCGAUACUGUGCCUUCUAGCCUGAAUUGGAACGUCACUGGAUGGCUGACAUAUGAUGAAUCGGCGUCGAUGCCAACGCCAGCUAUCAAGCAAAGCUUUUCCCCCUAUGACGAUGUCGAUUUGGUCCCAACAGAUGGACAGGAAAUGUAUACCGAUCCUGUCGAGACCAUCACCCUAGACUUGAGCAUGAAUAAUCUCGGCGAUGGUGCAAAUUACGCAUUCUUCAACGACAUCAGUUACGUGUCUCCUAAAGUGCCAUCCAUUUUCACUACAUUGACCACCAGCUCAGCCGCGACCGACGCGGCAAUAUAUGGCACCGACUCUCACGCAUUCGUGCUGGAGAAGGACCAGGUCUACGAGAUAGUGCUCAACAACGAUGACACCGGCACACAUCCAAUCCACUUCCACGGUCGCGCGUUCCAGGUCCUCUACCGGAGUGCUGUGGAUGCAGGUCAUUAUGAUCCCUCAGCGAAUGUCACAUUCCACUCUGUGCCAGCCCGCCGAGAUACUCUAUACGUCCCAGCAUCUGGGCACUUCGUCAUUCGCUUCAAGGCCAAUAAUCCGGGAAUCUGGAUAUUCCAUUGCCAUAUUGAAUGGCACAUGGACGUCGGACUAGCGGCAAUUUUUGUCGAAGCACCCAUGUAUAUUCAAGAGCAUUUCACCGUCCCUGAGAAUCACUAUGAAAUAUGCAAUGCUACCGGUGUAGCUACUGCUGGCAAUGCGGCAGGAAAUACUGAGGAUGUGUAUGAUCUGACCGGACAGAACAAGUCUGUCGCACCUCUACCUGCUGGUUUCACAGCAAGGGGUAUUGUUGCUCUGGUUUUUAGUUGUGCUGCCGCUUUUGCUGGAAUGGCGUCUAUUAUCUGGUAUGGCAUCGCCCCUUUUAAAGCGCCUCCUAUUACGUUACAGUGA